AUGUCUAAGAAAUUAUGGAUAACGCUUCUCGUUGGUUGGAUCGAAGACUUCUAUUCUGAAAGUACCGAAGCUAUUGUUAAUGCAUACAUCAAGCGAAAAGAUCAUAACAUUAUUGUUAUCGACUGGGGUCAAUAUUCGUUUGGUGAAUACUUUUCAGUCAUACCUCGAUUUACGCAAAUUUCAAAAAUGAUAGCAAAACUGCUGAUCGAUAUGUUUGAACGCGGUUUGGACAUUAAUCAAAUACAUUGUGUGGGUCAUAGUUUCGGGUCACAUAUUAUGGGAAUAAUCGGUCGUGAACUGCAAAGAAACUCGUUCAAUAAAUACAAAUUGAAAAGAAUAUCUGCUUUGGAUGCCGCACAUUUUGGCUUCUGGCCGCCACUUCUUGAGUCUCCGAUAAUGCCAAGCGAUGCCGUGUUUGUUGAUGCGAUUCAUAGUGACGUCAAUUUCAUAGGCACAAGAAAUCGUGUUGGUCACGUUGAUUUUUAUCCCAAUGAUGGCCAGUUGCAGCCUGGUUGUCCGGCUUUCAGAUUUACCAGCUUUAUGGACAUCGUAAACAGUUUUUGCUCCCAUCAGCAUGCCUGGAGAUAUUGGGCUGACAGUGUUUUACCAGGACAAGAAAGGAUUUUCCCAGCUUUAUAUUGCCGUAACUAUCGUGAUUUUAAAAAUGGAAAAUGCAAUGAAAAUCAAAUAAAUUUUAUGGGUUUUGGAGUAGAUGCAAGAAAACCUGGCGUGUUCUUCAAUGAAUUGAAAUCAAAUCGAAACUACACGGUCGAUGAUUCCUAUUAUAUGUAUCUUGCUAGCUCACUUAACUAUCGAAGUGACUUG